CUGAGGAGGACGUUACCAUGACGGCCCAAAGUAUGAACGGGUAUAUAAAGAGGGAAGGGGGCUGAACACAUCUCAGUCGUCAGCAGAAACAGAGACAAAUCUACAAGGCUGCAGUAUUGGACAGAGCGAUGAAGUUGUUGGUCUUGGCCUUAACCGUCGCCUUGCUGUUUACAGCUGGUGAAGCCCUGAACUGCCACCGGUGUGUCUCCAGGAAGGCCGGAGGAACCUGUGAGCUCACUGUCGAGACCUGUAAACCAGAGAAGGAUGCCUGUGCUGUUGCCAGCUUCCUCGCAGCACCAUACGGCCAAUACCAGAAAUGCAUGGCUCUGUUCGACUGUGAAAUGCUGAAAAUGAACUCUUACAUUAAUAUCAAGUGUUGUACAGACGACAUGUGCAACACCUUUUGAAAUGACAAUGAAUUGGACUAUCUCUGAGGGGCAAACACAUGUUUGAAUUCAAAACUAUAUUUGCUCUGUCAAUCCUUUCCUUUGACAAAUAAAAACAGUCUGACAAA